GCCCCUCGCACUUUCCCUGCCCGGAGGGAUGACGCGAAGCCGGAAGGGGCAGGGCAGGCGUCCGACGCGGAGUGGCGGUUUGUUGUCCUGGCUAUCCGUAGCAGCCCGCGGAGUUUGAGUAAGUCAGAUGCCAGGAGGUAUGGCGCCCCUCAAGAAGCCUCGGAAUCCCACAAAAUUACCCCUGGCUUUAAACCCCACGAAGAGUAAGGACGUUUUGGCAGUGCUGGCUGAGAGGAACCAGGCCAUAAUACCAGUUGGGGCAUGGGUGGAACCUGCCUCACCAAAUUGCUCGGAAAUCCCCGCACAUGCUUCAGCAUACAUGAUUGAAGAGGAAAUAAAGGAGCAGCAACGAAGAAAACAAGAAUCUCUGAAACAUUUUCAGAGACAAGUCCAACACCGGGUAAAUCAGCAAGUUAAGCUGAGGAAAAAGCAACUCCUUCAGAAGUCCUACAAAGCAGCAGAAAAGGAAGGCUAUAUAGCCAUGCGAUGUUCAGAUCCGACACAUUUAACUCCUAAAAGGACAAGUGUUUUCCCCAGCAAUUUGAACGCUGCUAUUGGAAGUUGUAGGUUACCCCCUUCCCAGGUGCUUGGGGAUGCAACAGAAGACGGAGAGAAUCAGAAUCAGUUGUUUAAACAACAAGCUCACGCUCUUAGUCAAACUCUGCAACAGGCACGUCAGCAGCUGGCAUCCUUUAAAACUGUGGGUGACAAAAAGACACCAGUGUUUCUAAAUGGUAGAAGGAAAGAUUCUCCUGCCCAUGAGAAAGCACUUCUUAGCAAACCAGCAUGCAUCAAGAUAAACAAAGAAGCAGGAGAGGAACCCCCUGAUAAGAUCCACGAAGGCCCUUUAACUACAAUUCAUUACCAGAACUUUAUGGAAAAUCAGGACCUUGGCUGUCAGGAAAUUUCAUCUGUUGUGACAGGUGAAAAGGAGAGAGAAGAUUGGUGUGUGGGUUACCAGCAGGAUCUCCUUUCUGAGGACAGAGAAAAGGCUGUCAGCAAAGUUCAGAAAGUAAAAUUCAAAAGUCCAUUAUUUGUUGUGAUAAAAGAAGAUGAACAAAAGCAACUGAAUCUUCAUAGCCUUCAGGCUGUUCUUCCACAAGCCCAGGAUUAUUUUGUAGAAGUUCAAGGCAACUGUCCAGAAUCCCAGAGUGGUGUGAUAGAUGUCCUUAAUGUUGAGCCCAAAGCUUCGAGUAUUGAUCCUAAAACUCCAGGUGUUGAGCCAAACACCCAGGCCACUGGAAUUGAGUUUAGGACCUCAAAGCCAGAAGGCCAGGCUCUUACGACAGCAAGUCAGGACAUUGUUAAAGCCCAGACUGUUGAGCUUGAUGAGAAUAUUGAGUUGGAAGCCCAUGAUUUUCUACCUCCAAAUCAGACCUUUUCAUCCAGAGACUGGGAUUUUCUGCCCAAAUGCCAAGACCAGGACUCUUUACCCAAAGACCACCAUGUUCUCUCUAAAGACUGGAAUGUUCUUCCUAAACGUCAGGACCAGCAUAGUCUACCAGUAGACCAGGAAUUUCUACCGAGAAAGCAGCUUGCAUUAUCUGAAGAACAGAGUCAUUCACUCGAAUGUCAGAUCCAGGAUCUCCCACCUAAAGAACAGAGUUUUCUGCCCAGACACCAGUAUAAUUUACCUAUGUAUCAGGACAGAAGAGGUCCACAUGUUCUUCCUAAAUGUCAGGAUCAUGAUGUUCUUUCCGAAGACCAGAGUAAUCUACACAAAUGUCAGGAGCAGGAUCUUCCACUUGAAAACCAGGACAUGUUUCUCAAGCAACCAUCAACUUUCAUGAAAGGAGAGAGAGACAAAGAGGAGUUACCUCUGGUGUGUCCUCAGAUCCAGGACCCAAUUUUCCUUAGAGAACAGCAGCAACCAUCUGUUAACACAACUGAGAAGUGGCAAGAGGAUUUACAUCUUGGUAGUCGUGAACAUCUUCCACGCAGACACUGGAGAGAAACAUGCAGCAGGCAACAACAGGUUUAUGAAGAGUAUCGAUCGGGACUGAGCAAAUACCGUGCUUCACUGGCCUUUCAGUCUGGAGUGGAUCAAGAAGAAGACAAGAAAGAGCGUCAAAAGCAAUACUUGAGACACAGGAGACUUUUCAUGGAUAUUGAGAGGGAGCAAGUGAAAGAACAAAACAGACAAAAAGAACAAAAGAAGAGAAUUGAAAAAAUUAAGAGAAGGAAAGAGCAGCAGCGCCAUGCUGAAGAGCAGAGGCUCCUGAGAGCGCACUGCCCUGAAGAUCCUUGUUCAGAACAGAAGAUAAGUGAUGUCUUAGCCCAGCUACAGCUUGAAGAAAUGGAAGGAGCCAGAGAAAAACAGCACCAGAAAGAAAAAGAAUAUGUAAGAUAUGUAGAAGCUUUGCGAGCCCAGGUCCAGGAGAAAAUGAAGCUGUAUAAUAUCACUUUACCUCCACUAUGUUGUUGUGGUCCUGAUUUUUGGGAUGCUCAUCCUGAUACCUGUGCCAACAAUUGCAUUUUCUAUAAAAACUACAGAGCAUAUAACCGGGCCUUACAUUCAGUCAUCAACUCUUCUGAUAUCUCUGAGGGGAACGCGACUCUUCGAAAUGCUAUUCGUAAUUUUGCUUCUGUACAUAGACGGACUUCAAAAAAAAGUCUACAAUAAGAGUCUGAAAUCAGUGCCAAUGACUGCUAAAAAAUGUCAGCAGAAUGCUGUGUUACAUAGAAAAACAGCAAGACAAC